AUGUUAGAAGCACGCCUCGAACAAGCCAGUCUCCUCAAGCGCGUCGCCGACGCCAUCAAAGACCUCGUCCAAGACUGCAACUUCGACUGCAAUGACUCCGGAAUCGCCCUCCAGGCCAUGGACAACUCCCACGUUGCCCUGGUCUCCAUGCUGCUCCGCGCCGAGGGCUUCUCCCCCUACCGCUGCGACCGUAACAUCGCGCUGGGAAUCAACCUGGUCUCGCUGACCAAAGUUCUGCGGGCCGCCCAGAACGAAGAUAUCCUGACGCUCAAGGCCGAGGACACCCCCGACGCGGUUAACCUCAUGUUCGAGAGCCCGGAGACCGACCGGAUAAGCGAGUAUGAUAUCAAGUUGAUGGACAUCGACCAGGAGCACCUGGCUAUUCCCGAGACAGAGUAUGCGGCUACGGUUGAGAUGCCGUCGGCGGAGUUCCAGCGGAUUUGCAGGGAUCUGAACCAGCUUUCUGAGUCGGUCGUCAUCGAGGCUACUAAGGAAGGCGUCAAGUUCUCCUGCCAAGGUGACAUUGGCACCGGUUCCGUGACCGUCCGUCAGCACACCAACGUCGAAAAGCCUGAGCAGAACGUCUCGAUCGCACUCUCCGAACCCGUCGCUCUUACUUUCUCCCUCAAAUAUCUCGUCAACUUCUGCAAGGCUACAAAUCUGUCUAACUCGGUGUCCCUGUGUCUGUCCCAGGAGGUUCCUCUGCUUGUCGAGUAUGGUCUCGGAAGCGGUCACUUGAGAUUCUACCUUGCUCCUAAGAUUGGCGAUGAGGAGUAA